GAUACCCAUUAUUGCCCCCUUGAGUCCCUUCCAAACCCUUAAUAUCACACUUUGAGAGGUUUUCCAUUGUUUUCUAAUGCAAACGUUUUGUAAAUAAAACAUUAUUUUAUAUCGAAAAAAACGAUAUUUUCUAACAUUUCCUGGAAAGUUAUAUGUCCAGUAUAAAAGGUGAAGAAUAAAAAGCUUUGUUUUUUAGUUUUCGUUGUGCAAAAAUGGACCACAAUGUCAUCGAAGUUCCUGAAAUUGGUUGUGAAAUUUUGACAGUUUCAAAGCCCAGCAAUAUUGAUAAGGCCUGCUGUGAUUGUAAAAGGACGUUUAAAUCCUGCUCGUGCAAGUCAUGUGCAAAAUGUGGUGCAUUAUUUCAAAAAUAUUUAGGAACUCCUGUUGUUAAAGGAAGGUCACACUGUCGGAUUUGUUGCGCCGCUGUGUGUAUCACAUGUCAUGUUAUCAUUUAUGACACAUUUAAAAUCUGCACAAGAUGUCACAUCAAGCAGAAAGAAGACGAGCUGAGCACACAAAUGGCUUUGUCAGCCAUCACUAAUAGCAAGACUGAGUUUGGGAUUGAAAAUUUAACUUUAGCAAGUACAAAUGUUAGUAGUCAAGAAAAGAAAAAUGACAUUCUAGUCAGUGCAUCUAAGAAAGGUGACCAUCAUGUUGUUUCAACAAUCCUAAGUGCUGGUGCUGAUAUCAAUCAUAAAGACUCAGAUGGGAAUACUGCUUUGUUCUUUGCUUCUUCUGGUGCAUAUCUUCCUUGUAUGGCAUUGCUCAUUGAAAAAGGUGCAUAUUGUUCAGCAGCAAACAAGUUUGGUUGGACGCCACUACAUUCCUUAGCUUCGUGA